AUGGCUUCAGGCAGAGCAUUUCGGUGCCAGAGGCCGUACAGAGAAACCCUUGAUUUCCAGCUCAGUUCAGAUGUGAGAUUAUACAACGCUCCGCCGGACAAGAAAUCAAGAAUCAAUUGGAAGUAUACACCUCUGAUUGAUCAGCUUCCACUCGAAAUCCUCCACUUGAUCUUUCUCAAUCUUGAUCUACCCAGUCUAGGGAUGUUACGUCGGGUGAGUAGGAGAGGAAGGCGUUUAGUCGAAUCGCUUCCUGCCUACUCCUUAUUGAGGGCUUUGGCCUCCGAUACGCUACGGGUCAUGGAUAUUAUCAAGUGCUCUUCAUAUUUCCCAAUCGGUUGGCUUUUUACUGAGUUCUGCUAUCCCUGGUGCCGGACAUGUACUGAUUUCGGGCCUCUUCUUUAUUUCCCAACACUGACCCGUUCCUGUUAUAAAUGCAAUUUUCUCCGACCCGACUACCAAGUCGAACCCAUGCGUGAUGUCUGUUUCCGGUUUGGAGUAACUCAAAAAGAUCUUCGUCAAUCAUCGCUCCCAAUUAUUCACCCCAUUGAACGGCAUCGACCCCGCUUAGUGGAUGUUACUCAGGCAAAGGCCUUGGGUAUAGAGCUCCAUGGGGGUGAAAAGGAAAUGGAGCGGGCAUACCAGACUCGUCUGAAGGAGCGUGAAAGAGAUUAUCAGCGUCGGGUCCAGCAAUGGGAAAAACACAGGCGUCAAGGAACCCACACUGGUGGGCGUCCCCGGCGCCGGUUGAGGCCUACAUCACUGGACGAGGACGAGGCCAGUGAGGAGCCUUCAUGGAGAAUCCAGGCGACAGCGACAUUUCCAUACUGGGACGUCCGGACCCAAAUCUUGGAGCCAGGCACCUACUGCAGGGCUUGCACAUAUCACUGGGAGGAGGGAAAUGCGAGUGACUGGAGACGCAUGGAAACCAUUUGGCAUCCACAUCCUCCUAGCAGAGAGGCCUAUUACCGAGCAUUCUUAGAGGCUGAUUUACCUCGGCAUUUUCUCAACUGUGUAGCAGUGAAGGAGAAUUAUAACUUUCGAGUCAGACCUCCGAGCGAUAUUUUUUUUAGGAGGUAUGGGACUGACUUUAUUGUUGGACCCAAAAAAUAA